AUGUCUUCAACAGCAACAUUAGCAUCAUCACAACAAGCUGAAAUUGAAGAAACAAUAAAACGAAUUCAAACUCAUAAAGGUGUUCAAGGUUUUAUUUUAACGAGCAAUGAUGGUAGUUUUGUUCGUUCAACAAUUGAUAAUUCAACAACAAUGUCAUUAACAAGUCUUAUUCGAACACUUUCGGAUAAAGCAAAAAGUUGUGUUAGAGAUUUAGAUCCACAAAAUGAUUUAACAUUUUUACGUAUUCGUACAAAAAAACAAGAAAUUCUUGUUGCACCUGAUUUAAUUAAUAUAUUUCAAAUGACACAGGCGGAAGUUGAUGAUACAUUGAAACGAAUUCACGAACAUAAAGGUGUUCAAGGUUAUUUAAUUAUAAAUAAUGAUGGUAUUCCAAUACGUUCAAGUUUAGAUGCAUCAUUAACACAACAAUAUGCAGCAUUAAUUAAAUCAUUGUCUGAUAAAGCUAGGUCAACAAUUCGUGAAAUCGAUCCAGCAAAUGAACUUGUCUUUUUUCGAAUGCGUACGAAAAAACAUGAAAUUCUUGUUGCACCUGAAAAAGAAUAUACAAUGAUCGUAUUACAAGCAACAGAUGUUCAAUAG